AUGGUUGGACUCGGACCUAAACAGCCACCCUCCCGCAAGGGGUCCAUGCAGGAGCUGCCCCAGAACCUUCUGGGGCCCAUCAAGGACUUCGAGAAGGCCUUUACUGUCGAUACUGCCAAGCUGAAGGAGGUUGUGAACCACUUCGUCAAGGAGCUCGAGAAGGGUCUGACCGUUGAGGGCGGCAACAUUCCCAUGAAUGUCACCUGGGUUAUGGGCUUCCCCGACGGCGAAGAGCAAGGCACCUACCUCGCCCUCGACAUGGGCGGCACCAACCUCCGUGUUUGCGAGAUUACCCUAACCAAGGAGAAGGGCGCCUUCGAUAUCACACAAUCCAAGUACAAGAUGCCCGAGGAGCUCCGUACCGGUACCGCUGAGGAGUUGUGGGAAUACAUCGCCGACUGCUUGCAACAGUUCAUCGAGACCCACCACGGUGGUCAGGAGCUCGCCAAGCUACCUCUCGGUUUCACCUUCUCCUACCCUGCCACCCAGGAGUACGUCGACCACGGUAUCCUGCAGCGCUGGACCAAGGGCUUCGACAUUGAUGGCGUUGAGGGUCAGGAUGUUGUUCCUCCUCUCGAGGCCAUCCUCAAGAAGCGCGGUCUCCCCAUUAAAGUUGCUGCCCUCAUCAACGACACCACCGGUACUCUCAUUGCCUCUGCCUACACUGAUACCGACAUGAAGAUUGGUUGCAUCUUCGGUACCGGAGUCAACGCCGCCUACAUGGAGAACGUUGGCUCCGUGCCCAAGCUCGCCCACAUGAACCUCCCCGCCGACAUGCCCAUAGCUAUCAACUGCGAGUACGGCGCCUUCGACAACGAGCACGUCGUCCUCCCUCUGACUAAGUACGAUGAGAUCAUCGACCGCGACUCUCCCCGUCCCGGCCAGCAAGCCUUCGAGAAGAUGACCGCCGGUCUCUACCUCGGUGAGAUCUUCCGUCUUUCCCUGGUCGACCUCCUCGACAGCCACCCCGGCCUCAUCUUUAACAACCAGGAUGUCUCCAAGUUGCGCAAGCCCUACCUCUUGGACGCCUCCUUCCUCGCCGCCAUCGAGGAGGACCCUUAUGAGAACUUGUCCGAGACCCUGGACCUCUUCGAGCGCACCCUCAACAUCCGCCCCACCGUCCCCGAGCUGGAGAUGCUCCGCCGUCUCGCUGAGCUGAUCGGUACCCGUGCUGCCCGCCUGUCCGCUUGCGGUGUCGCUGCCAUCUGCACCAAGAAGAACAUCGACUCCUGCCACGUCGGUGCCGACGGCUCCGUCUUCACCAAGUACCCCCAUUUCAAGGCCCGCGGUGCCCAGGCUCUGCGCGAGAUCCUCAACUGGGCUCCUAACGAGAAGGACAAGGUCGACAUCCUGGCCGCCGAGGAUGGUUCCGGUGUCGGUGCCGCCCUGAUUGCCGCUUUGACCCUCAAGCGCGUCAAGGCCGGCAACCUGGCUGGUAUUCGUAACAUGGAAGACAUGAAGACCCUGCUUUAA